CUCCGCCAUGGCGGCCUUCCUCCUCCUCCAUCUUUCUCCCUCUUUUUAACUUCUACACCUCUAUCAGACAAGUUUCGCCGUUUCUUUCUCGCUCUUUUCCACAAUUCUCCCAUCCGACUAUUCAAUUUUUAUUCAAAUCCUUCUGGGAGUUAGGGCACGCAAUGCCGCUAUUCCUCUUGGACAGGAAAUUUCAGCGUUGCUCUCCAGAUGCCUCUCUGGUCGAUGAGAAGGUUGAUUCCUUCAUCAGAGACCUUCACCGCCAGAGUUGGCUGACGCCGCUGCCAUCACUGCCGAGUAGACCUGUGCGUUCCUUGAGGAGAAGUACAUUAUCCUCUCCAAGUUCGGCAAGCUCGAGUUCCGAAAUCCGCAACUCAACGCCGCUCUCGAUGUUAUUUUGAGAAUCCACCGCUAAGAUCGAAAGGAAAGCAUGAACAGUCUCAAGAUUUCUCUUUGCUGCUUUAACUGCUGCAUUGAUGCCUUCCAGUUCAACCUUAAAGGCCUUGACAGCAGCAAAUACGAGUAUGUGAAGUCAUUUGAAGUUGAGGAUCGGCUGAUGCCAUGCACUUGGAUAAUUGUCAGAAUCGAUGGCCAUGAUUUUCAAAGAUUUUCUCAAGUUCAUGAAUUUAUGAAGCCAAAUGAUGAGCAAGCUUUGAACUUGAUGAACUCAUGCGCAAUGGCUGUGUUGGAAGAAUAUCCAGAUAUAAUAUACUCUUAUGGGUUCAGUGAUGAGUACAGCUUCAUUUUGAAGAAGACUUCAAAUUUCUACCAGAGGCGUGCAAGCAAAAUAGUGUCUAUCAUUGUCUCUUUCUUCUCUUCUCUGUAUGUCAUGAAAUGGAAAGAAUUCUUUCCUCAGAAAGAGAUGAGGUUCCUUCCGUCUUUUCAUGGACAGAUCUUUUGCUGUCCUUCAGCUGAGGUUUUUAAAGAUUAUCUAGUGUGGAGGCGAGAAGAAUGUCACAUUAACAACCAAUAUGAUACUUGUUAUUGGAUGCUGGUUCAGUCUGGGAGGACUGAAGGGGAAGCACAAAGUAUUUUGAAGGGUUCUCAAAAACAGGACAGAAAUGAACUACUUUUCCAACAGUUUGGUGUUAACUAUGACAAGCUACCAAUCAUGUUCCGUAGAGGAUCCUGCGUUCUCAAGGAAAAGGUGGAAGAAAUUGUGAAGUUCAAUCAUGCAGGAGAUCCUGUUAGAAGAUUACGGAAAAAGCUGAUAGUGGACCAUUUUGAUCCAGACUGGCCAAGCUUUUGGAUAAAGCACCCAAGUCUAAUUGAUGAGCUACAUAUACCAAUGGAGGAUUUCUGCAACAUUUGGUCAACCAAAUGUGAUUAUGUGAAAUCCUUUGAAGUCGAAUACAAGUUGAUGCCCUGCACAUGGAUUGUUGUUCGAAUUGAUGGCUGCCAUUUUCAUAGAUUUUCUGAAAUCCAUGAAUUUGAGAAGCCCAACGACGAGCAAGCUUUGAAUCUGAUGAACUCAUGUGCAGUGGCCAUGUUAGAGGAGUUUCCAGAUGUAGUCUUCUCAUAUGGGGUCAGUGAUGAGUACAGCUUUGUUUUGAAGGAGAGAUCUCAGUUCUGUCAAAGGCGUGCCAGAAAAAUAGUGUCACAGACUGUAUCAUUCUUCUCUUCCCUGUAUGUAAUGAAAUGGAAGUUAUUCUUCCCUGGAGAAGGGUUGAAGUAUCCGCCUUCUUUUGAUGGCCGGACUGUAUGCUACCCAUCGGUUCAGAUUCUUCGAGAUUAUCUGUCAUGGAGACAAAUUGACUGUCACAUCAACAAUCAAUAUAACACCUGUUUCUGGAUGCUGGUUAAAUCAGGAAAGACCAAAAGUGAGGCACAAUAUCUUUUAAAGGGUACUCAAACGCAAGAGAAAAACAAACUGCUUCUACAACAGUUUGGUAUCAACUACGAGAGGCUACCAGUCAUGUUCCGUAGAGGAUCCUGUGUUUACCGAGAUAAGGUCACUGUCUAUCCCGCCAACUGAAUGAUUUUGAGUGCUGUGCUUGUACGUUAAUGCAGUGGAUCAAGGGUAUAGUGUCACAUGUGGGAAAGUGUAGAUGCAGUAAAU